UUCUACUACCAUACAUCAAAAUCAAAAUCCAACUGAGAUCAACGCAGCACCCCCAAUCACCAUGUCUGGUAGAGGUUACUCGUACAAGAGCUCCGGCACCAACUCAGAGGGCAACCACUACUGUGCCCGUGACUACGGCAAUGGCUCCAACGCCUACCACUACUCCAACCAGGACGGAUCCUACUACUACUCCAACCCUAAUGGCUCCACGUACUACAACAACGGUUCUGGAGGCUCGACCUACACCUCUCCCAGCGGUGGUCAGUACUCUUCUGGGUACGGUAGCAGCAGCUCGGGCAGCGGCAGCAGCGGUAGCCGCAAGUGAUUCAUUCACACAAGAUGCUCAUGGCUGAAACGUUGAAACAGCGAUGGGCGUCGAGGAGCUGGGGUGAUACGUGGUGUCUGUCCAGCAAGAGAAUCAACCAAGUUGUUCGUCCCGAGGCAUACAAGAUUGGUGACGAUCACUCUGGACGCUUCCAAGAUGAACGUAGUGUCAUAGUGGAUCGACUUUGACAACUCCGACUGGUUCAUAGACCACCAACUGAUGUUGACUACUAACCACUACCAAGACAGGCUCUGCAGGCCGCCGAUACGUUCACUACUUAAAGCAAUUAACAAUGAUGUACGCG